UUUAACAUUACUGUUUAUGGUGAAUCAGGUGUAGGUAAAUCAUCACUCAUUCAUCAAUACCUCACUGGUAAUGAAGAGGUGGUAGCCCUUGCAUCCAAUAAGAAAGAACACAGCUAUAGAAAAUAUGUUCCAAAAUCUGAAUCUCACUCUGCAUUCGUUUUAAACAUUCUCGACACUUGUGGAAAUUAUGAAUAUGAAAGUGGAUGUCAAUUUGAGAAGGCAAUUAGAGCUGAUGCAGUUCUUCUUAUUUGCUCUCCUGAUCAACAAACUUCCAUUGAUAGAAUUGAAACAUUCAUUAACAGAAUUGAAAGAUUGAAAAAGAGAAAGUUGUCCGAAAUUCCUUCACUCAUUGUUUUUAACAAGUCUGAUAUUGAGGAAAAUAUUCUUGUCAAAUCAGAGGAUGCUAAAAAGUUGGCAGAUCAAUAUGGUAUCACAUUUAUUGAAUGUACCGCAAAGAAACAAUCCAAGGUUAAUGAUUUAUUUGAUGGAGCUUUG